AAGAUGAUGAACUUGAAAUUCUAUAUUAAAUGAAAAAUACCUUUCUUCAUAAAUUUAACUAAUCUAUUUCUAUCUAGUCUGUAAAUAAUACACAUUUUGCCAAAUUUCUGCCAUAAUUAAUAUUGUAUUUUUAAUCAUUUUGUAAUAAAUAAUUUUAUGUUUAAUAACAAUGAUUUUAUACGGUUGCAAACUUACUAUUCUGAACAUAGCCACUUGAUACUAUAUGCAAAAUGAUUUUAAUUAUGAAAAUACAUAUUUUAUUAUUUUUACUGUUAAUUAAUUUGGAGCUAUCUAAAAGUAUACUGCUCAGAGGUAAAAGAGCUCAAAAUGGUCAGUUUCCUUGGUUAAUACAGUUUCAAACAAUAGUACCAUGCGGUGGAGUUCUUAUAUCAUCAGACUGGGUUUUGACCGCAGCACAAUGUGUACAAGACAAGAGAAAUUCCAUUGUUUUAUUUGCAACUGGGCUAAAUGGAACCGAUACCAAACAAACGGUAUCCGUGAAAGCUACAUACAUACAUCCUCAUUACGAGCCGUACUCUGUUCUUCCUGAUCGAGAUUAUAAUAUAGCUCUUAUGAAACUAACUAAACCGUUUGACAUGUGUAAUGGUAAAGUAAUAUUACCGAAUAUACCCGUCAAAUAUAAUAAUAAUUAUACACCGUGUUUAAUAUUCGGUUGGCAAAGUUACAUUUCACCAUCCUCAAAAGUUCUGGCUAAACCUAUUCAAUACAGCGAAGUGAUUCUUAAUUCCUGGAAAUUAUGCACCUACAUGAUAAAGACAAGUGUGAAUUAUACGAAUGUAUUUUGUGCUAUGGUGGAAUUUAAAGAUGAAAUGAAAGCAUGCGCUGGGAAUCCGGGUUCACCGGUUGUAUGCGAAAAUCAACAUCGUGAAACAUCUUUAGUCGGAAUUGCAUCCUGGACAAAUUUUUCUUUAGAAUGCGGCGAUCUACCAACGUACCUUGAUCUUGAUGCAUUUAGGAUAUGGAUAAAUGACUUGAUUUUUAAUGAUAAAGAAAUAGAUGAAUGGGAAGACAAUGAUAGACUAUCUGGAACAACAAUAUCCUACCGCAAAACACCUACAGAAGAAGAAAAUCUAUCUCACAUUUGGAAUAAGUUAUAUAUACCUAUUUUUCAUCAAUUUAAUCCUAUAAAUAAAUCCUCUCGUAUUCAUUACAUGCCCUAUGAGGAAAUUGCAAAGGGAACAAUUGUUCAUAGAUACGAAGAAAUUGGUAAGACUAAAAAUCUUCCCAAUAACCAAAUGAUAAAAUCAAAGAAAAAUCAAUUAAGCGAUUCAAAUAAAUCAAUGUUAUGUAAGAGUAAAAAGUUUGAUCCAGUCAUAAAAGAACUUGAUAUAGAACAAUUAGAAAUAAAUGAUUUUGAAUUCUUAUUACCAGUUAAUUCUAGGAUUACUGUUAUACAUUCUAACAGUUUAUAUUUCCUGCCUUAUAUUUUUAUACUUUUACAUUAUUAUUUACAUGUAAUAUAUUGUAUUUAA